GUCUUCCUGCGAGAGCGACAUGGAGCAGAGCUCGGAGGCUGUGGCUGGCCGGCUGGCGCUUCUCCUGCGACACCUCCGCCCUGUCGCCGCGAAUUCUCUAACACCAUUUCCUACUUCAUCCCAGGUUGUUUCUGCAAAACACCCAGCACAGUUCUUCUAUACUUUGGACAAUAACGUUUUAACCCCGGAACAACGACAUUUCUAUGAGGAGAAUGGUUAUCUACUCAUAAAAAACCUGGUCUCUGAUGAAGACAUUGAAUGUUUUAGAGAGGAGUUUGCGCGAAUCUGCAGAAGAGAACUGAAAGUGCCAGGGCUGGUUGUCAUGAGAGAUAUCACAAUCGCCAAGUCAGAGUUUGUUCCUGAUGAGACAGCAGUUACGAAAAUCCAGGACUUUCAGCACGAUGAAGAACUUUUUAGAUAUUGCACCCUGCCUCAGAUAGUAAAAUACGUUGAAUGCUUUACUGGACCAAACAUCAUGGCUAUGCACACCAUGUUGAUAAAUAAACCUCCAGAUCCCGGCAAGAAGACCUCUCGACACCCAAUGCACCAGGACUUGCAUUACUUCCCCUUCCGACCUGCAGAGCGCAUUGUUUGUGCCUGGACUGCCAUGGAAAGAGUCGACCGCAGCAACGGAUGCCUGGUUGUGUUGCCGGGAACUCAUACAGAGUCUCUGAAACAGCAUGAUUACCCAGACUGGGAGGGUGGAGUGAACAAAAUGUACCACGGUGUACGUGAUUAUGACAAAGAUGCUCCUCGGAUCCACCUUAGCAUGGAAAAAGGGGACACGGUCUUCUUCCAUCCCUUACUGAUCCAUGGCUCUGGAAUGAACAGGACAAAUGGGUUUCGGAAGGCAAUCUCUUGCCAUUACGCCAGCAGCGAUUGCCAUUAUAUCGAUGUGAAAGGUACCUCUCAAGAGAACAUUGAAAGAGAAAUGAUAGAAAUUGCCAAAACGAAGUACGGCAUCGCCUCACCAAUCGGCAUGCAGGAGAUGUGGAUGUUUCGAAGCCGUCUUGUGAAAGGAGAGAAAAGAAGUCUUUAAAGGGUUUAAUUAAUUCAGAACUUUCACCUUGCUGAUGUUUCAAAUGCAAUGUAGCUAAUAGAAGUCUUAAUAGAUUUACACUUGGGGAAAAAAGGCUACUCUUACACACACACACACCUUGGGAAAAAGUCAGCAAACAUACUCAAGAUCAUGCCUUAAGAGACUAGAUAUUUUAAUUACACUUGGUGUACUCAAGUAAGAUUCAGCCUUUCUUUUAAAGCACAGGAUCUUUACAUAAAAAUAGUUUUAAAAUUAGUGUAUUAAAAUGAGAACUCAGAUCUUUAUCUAGAUGAAAUUAAAAUAACUGAAAGCCUGAUCAGUAUCGUGGUUAAGAGUGGCAGACUCUAUCCUGGACAACCAGGUUUGAUUUCCCUCUCCCUCCUUUGCCAUAUGCAGCCAGCUGGGUAACCUUGGAUCAGUCACAGUUCUCUCAGAGCUACCUCAGCCCCGCCUCCUUCACAGGGUGUCUGCUGUGGGGAGAGGAAGAGAAGGUGAUUGUAAGCUGCUCUGAGACUCCCAUGUGAAGGGUGGGGUAUAAAUCCAGCUCUUCAUCUUCAAUUGUGUGAGAUUAAUUUUAACUGCAAAUCUCAUUUGUCCACUGGUUUUAAGCUUAAGUAGAAAAGAUCAGUGUUACUGCUUCUUUGUUUUUCCACAGGCAGUGUGACCGGUUUGUUAGCCUAGCAGUUACUGUUUCGCUUAGGGUUGCCAAUCCCCUGGUUUGGAGGCUCUUCCCCCACUUCAGGGCCAUCAGAAAGCAGGGGCGGGGAGGGAAAUGUCUGCUGGCUACUCCAUUAUUCCCUACGGGGACUGAUUCCCAUAGGAUAUAAUAGAGAAUUGAUCUGUGGGGCUCUGGGGGGGCUGUUGCUUGAGGAAGAGAAAUCAAAUUUUCAGUAUAGCAUUUGGUGCCUCUCCCUAUAAUAACCUGCAAGUUUCAAAAGGAUUGGACCAGGGGGUCCAGUUUUAUGAGCCUCCAAAGAAGGUGCCCCGACCCUUCAUUAUUUUCAGCGGAAAGAAGGUGUUUAAAAGUCCCUUUAAAUGUGAUGGCCUUUGGAGUUCAACUAUGCUUAUCACAACCUUUCUCCCAAUUCCACACCCAGUCUCUCCUGGCUCCACCCCCAAAGUCCCCAGAUAUUUCUUGAAUUGGACUUGGCAAGCCUAGUUUCACUUCCUUUGGGAAAGUGUUGCAUAGCACAAGCCAGCACUGGUGCACGUAUAGUACUCUAAUGCGGUCCUGUUCCCAUCUUUCUGCCAAAGCAAGAAAACAAGAUUUCCUUCCCUUCCUUUCUCAAGCUACAUCUCUGGGAGAACUUAGCUGACUAAGGCGAGUGAAUAGACGAUUCCCAAGGUAGUCUUGGGAAUACGGAAUAAUACAGAAUAGCAUCCACCUUGGAAGCUAUGCGGAGUCUGUACUUGGGUGGGAAAUCACCAGUCUUCCUUUGCAGAGGAAGGCAGUGACAAAACAGCUCUCUUAAUCACAUUCCUUGAAAACCCUUAUGGGGUCACUAUAAGUCAGCUGUGACUUGACAGCACUUUACACAGAGAGUGUGGUAAUUACUGCUUACUCGAGCUCAGCAUCAGAGUCCUUUCUAGUGCACUGUUUGACAAUGCAGCAUCCUUGCUUAAGGAAGCAUGCGAAUAAUUCCACCACCUUGGCGGCACUGCUUUUUUACACCUGGCCUCCAGUCCUGAUUGCAUAUAGUGAUGUCUGUCUAAUUGCACCAGGCUGGACAUGUGCCCCCCCCCCCCCCCACUGAAGCAAUGCAAUGCAGUGCAGUUCAGGUAGUCAUCUCGCUGACUCCCAUAGAGCUACAGAGAGAGAGAAAACAAGCAUCUGAGAAAGCAGCUUAUAAUGGUGCUAACUAAGAAUACAUCUAGACAUAACCAGUCUGUGCUCUCUUGGAGCAUGACUUAGUUCACAAUUUUAUUUAUGUGUUGACAUUCUAGACCAGAGGUGGCCAAACUUGCUUAACAGAAGAGCCACAUAAAAUAAACCUCAGAUGUUUGAGAGCCACAAGGCAGGGAGGGAGGGAAAAGUGGAAAGAAAGCAACUUGAACUUUAAAUGUAUUCUUUAAGCCAUCAACUGGCUUGGCUUGGAAAGCAAUUUUUAGAGAGAAAUGCCUUCUCUAAGCCAGCCGAAGGGGUGGUGGGAAAGAGCCACAUGUGACUCCUGAGCCACAGUUUGGCCACCCCUGUUCUAGACCACCUUUCUCACUGGGACUCAAGGAUCAGUGUAAUCAAUAGGAUGAUGCAUAUAAUAAGCAAUGUAACAUGACAAGGAACCGUGGAAACCUGAAACAACGGUCAUCUGAACAAAGUAACAUGACAUGUUAGUACAAAACAUGGCAUUGCAUCAGUAGUCAGUAUUAUUAAAAAACAUUUUAUCAAAUCUACUUGAUAUUGUAUAAAUCUCUUUCUGGGUGCAAAUGCUUCAUCUUGUUUCUCACACAUUUCUUUCCAUGAAAAUGUUUAUAAUCAUUAAAAAUAUGACCAGUCA